AGCCCUGCCAGUGUGCCCACUGCCUCUGCUCCCCGGUGUGCACACUUUCUUGCUGCGCCAUGCCGUGCCAUGCUGCACCAUGCCGUGCCAUGCCGUGCCAUGCCUGCCGUGGCCUCCCCCAGUGCACGGGCACGGUGCAGGUCGGUGCAGGGCUCUUCCCACGCUGCCCGGGUGGGAGAGUGGAGGCGAUGGCAGCAGAUUCCAGCGAUGGGAGAGGACGUGGUAGUGGUAGAGCCGCAGAGCUGCUGGGUGAGUCAUGCCCUGGCUGCUCCUAUUUGUUGACUUCCUGGGCCAGGCCUGGCAACGUAAGGAAAAUUAAUAACAAAUACCUGGGCAACGAGGUGAGAGAUGAGGCGGGCAGCGCAGGAUGGCAGAGGGCUGAGCCGCGGAGCGUAGCUGGCGGUGGCUGAAGGAUGCUUUGGCGGCAGCAGGACAGGCACGUUUUUCUGGGUCCCCAUGACCCAGCCGUGGGGGAUGGUGCUCUGCAGAGACACAUCACCCGGACCAGGUCUGUGCUGGACACAUGUCAGUGCGUGUCCCCACAUGCGAGCAAAGACCAGAGACUGUCCCCAGGGCCACCGGGGCAGCGUGGCUCAGUGCUGUGGGGGCACACAGGUGCUCUGUUGGGGACCUCUCGCUGCUUCUUUGGUGUCACUGUGUCUUCUCUCUCCUCGCAGGCUAGCUAAGGGCAUCGGGGGACCAUGAACUGGGGGGUGUUCGAAGGGCUCCUCAGCGGGGUCAACAAGUACUCCACAGCCUUCGGCCGCAUCUGGCUCUCCCUCGUCUUCAUCUUCCGCCUGCUGGUCUACGUGGUGGCAGCCGAGCGGGUCUGGAGCGAUGACCACAAGGACUUUGACUGCAACACGCGGCAGCCGGGCUGCACCAACGUCUGCUUCGACCACUUCUUCCCUGUCUCCCACAUCCGCCUCUGGGCCCUGCAGCUCAUCCUGGUGACCUGUCCAUCCCUCCUGGUCAUCAUGCACGUGGCCUACCGGGAAGCCAAGGAACAGAGGCACCGCGCCGCCGGCGGGGACAACUGCCACCGCAUCUACCCCAACCCUGGCAAGAAGCGGGGAGGACUGUGGUGGACCUACCUGCUCAGCCUGGUCUUCAAGGCCGGCGUGGAUGUGGUCUUCCUCUACAUCUUCUACCGCUUCUACAGGAACUACACCCUGCCCCGGGUGGUGAAGUGUGAGCUGCCCCCCUGCCCCAACGUGGUGGACUGCUUCAUCUCCCGGCCCACCGAGAAGAACAUCUUCACCCUUUUCAUGGUGGUCACCGCCUGCAUCUGCGUCGUAUUGAGCAUCAUCGAGGCCACCUACCUGAUUGGCAAGCGGUGCCGCGAGUGUUUGCGAGCCAGCAGCACGGAGAGCUGUCGGCACAGCCAGGACUGCCCGCUCUCCUGCACCGAGCCUGCAGGCACGGAGGGGCAGGUUUUCCAUGGGGUGGACUACAAACCCCCCACAGCCUCCAUCCCCCCCACAGCCUCCACCCCCCCCACAGCCUCCAUCCCUGGCACGCUGCCUGAGGAGGAGGCUCUUUCCUAG